AUGGCCCGUACCAAGCAGACCGCCCGCAAGUCGACCGGAGGAAAAGCCCCCCGCAAGCAGCUCGCCACCAAGGCCGCCCGCAAGUCCGCCCCCGCCACCGGCGGUGUCAAGAAGCCUCACCGUUACCGCCCUGGAACCGUCGCCCUCCGUGAGAUCCGUCGUUACCAGAAAUCGACCGAGCUCUUGAUCCGCAAGCUCCCCUUCCAGCGUCUUGUCCGUGAGAUUGCCCAGGAUUUCAAGACCGAUUUGAGGUUCCAGUCGAGCGCUAUUGGUGCCCUCCAGGAGGCCUCUGAGGCUUACCUUGUCUCCCUCUUUGAGGACACUAACUUGGCUGCCAUCCACGCCAAGCGUGUUACUAUCCAGCCCAAGGAUAUCCACCUCGCUCGUCGUCUCCGUGGUGAGCGCACCUAA